CGCGCGGGCAAGAUGGCGGCCGAGCAGCAGGAGCCGGCGGUGGUUGAUGUGGAAGCAGUGAACUUCCUGGCCUAUGAUGAAGCCAUCAUGGCUCAGCAGGACCGGAUCCAACAGGAGGUUUUGGGUUGCGGUCUGACCAAUGCCUUCUAAAACCUCAGCACUGCGCCCUCUCCCUCAGAUAGCAACGACGAACCCGCUGGUCUCAGACAAGUUGGACUUGUCGGUGCUCUACAAAGAAUACGCGGAGGACGACCAGGUUUACCAGUUAAAGGUCAAGGACCUGCACAAUCGGUACUGCUGCAUACGCAAGACCCGGCCUGACGGGAACUGCUUCUACCGGGCGUUCGGCUUCGCUCACCUUGAGGCACUCCUGGACAACAGCAAAGAACUACAGAAGUUUAAGGCAAUAGCCUCCAGAAGCAAAGAGGACCUGGUGACCCAGGGCUUCACUGAGUUCACCAUCGAAGAUUUCCACAACACGUUCAUGGACGUGAUCGAGCUGGUGGAGAAGCAGGGCUCCCUGGCCGACCUGCUGACAGCCUUCAAUGACCAGAGCACGUCGGACUACCUGGUGGUGUACCUCCGCCUCCUCACCUCGGGCUACCUGCAGCGUGAGUCCGGCUUCUUCGAGCACUUCAUCGAGGGUGGGCGGACAGUCAAGGAGUUCUGCCAGCAGGAGGUGGAGCCGAUGGCCAAGGAGAGCGACCACAUCCACAUCAUCGCGUUGGCCCAGGCGCUGGACACCUCAAUCCGCGUCGAAUACAUGGACCGGGGCGAGGGCAGCACCACCAACCAGCACAUCUUCCCCGAGGGCUCGGAGCCCCGCGUCUUCCUCUUGUACAGGCCGGGACAUUACGACAUCCUGUAUAAAUAGGCAGAGUGGCCCGCGUUUGUACAGAGUUCCCGUGGUUGUAAAUGAUGGGCUGAUCCCCCACUCCCUACACCCCACUUUGUUACUGAAGUUGUCUGACUGACUGGGGGGAGCUGGCCUCGCACACUCACACACUCACACUCACUCACACUCACAAACGUGUGCAUGUAUACACACUCUACACAUGCAUGUCCUCUUUCAUGUAUCCCCUCAUCCCUCCUCUCUCUCCCCCUCCAUCUUUCUCUUCUUUCCUUUCUUCCACCCCUCUCCCCUCCACUCCCCUCCCUCUCCCCCCACUCCCCCUCUCUCUCCCCUCCACUCCCCCUCUCUCUCCCCUCCACUCCCCCCUCUCCCCCCACUCCCCCUCUCUCUCCCCCCACUCCCCUCCCUCUCCCCGCACUCCCCCUCUCUCCCCCCUACUCCCCCUCUCUCCCCUCCACUCCCCCUCUCCCCCUCCCACUCCCCUCUCUCUCCCCCCACUCCUCUCUCUCUCCCCCACUCCCCCCUCUCUCCCCCACUCCCCUCCCUCUCCCC